CAUGGCCACAUUAAAAUUACACAGUGGACUAUUAACGGGCCCCUCUCCUUCAGUUUGGUAGACUGAAUUUAAGAAUUAGAUCAGGGCUUAAAUUAAAUGCAAAUGUUGCACAAAAAAAUAAUAUUUUUGUUUCAUCUUUGAUUGAUAUAAGCCAAAAUAAGGAACGAUAUAUUCUGAUAUAUUUUCCCGGCGUGGUUAAUAGGUCACGCUGAUAGUUGCGUGGGGAGGAGUCUGGACGGAGCUUUAGCUCAGAUCACCUUUACUGACCGCCCGGUGUAAUAAGAUUAGCCACUCUGCACGUCAUGACCGCGGAGAGAGAGAGAGACGGAGUGUAACUGAGGAAGGGACAGACGGACGGGAGGGGAAAUAGAGUGAGACAGAUCGGAGGAGAGCGGAAGAGUCGCUGGUGCUGGACCAUCGGCGCGUGUUGCUGCUGCUCGCCGGUGAAGUGAGCGCUUCUUCUGGGCUGAGGAGCCGCUGGAAGACGCUGGAAUUGUGGAUCCUUUAACGGGACCUUGCUGCGUUUGUCUUGAGAAGGAACAUGGUGGGCAGGAAAUAAGGCUCAACAGAAGAUGCGACGGGGUUGGUGGCUGGUCAGAUGGCUGGGGACAGGAAUGGCAAUCCUCUCUGUGCUCACGUACAGCUGUGGCCAGGACACGGAAGACUGGCAGUACGAGGAGUGCAAGCUUUCACGUCCAGGACCUCCUGCGACAAUAGUCACCAUCGACGAGGAGAGCCCCAACGGUACGGUUCUGGUGGAGAACAUGCAGAUAAACGGCCGAGCCCAGGACCCAGGCAGAACCAUCUCGCUGACAUUGCUGGACAACUACAACUACUGGGUGAUUUUGGAACCAGCCAGACAGAGACUCUACCUCAACAGCACUGGGCGCAUUCUGGACAGAGACCCCCCGAACUACAUCACUACCAUUGUGGUUCAGGUCCAGUGCACAAAUGAGCUGGUGGGUACAGUCAUUUUCCAUGAGGUUCGGAUUGUUGUAAGGGACCGGAAUGACAACACGCCACGGUUUCAGCAGCCACGCUACUAUGUUGCGGUGAAUGAGCUCACCCCUGUUGGGACCACCAUAUUUACGGGCUUCUCAGGAAAUAACGGCGCCACGGAUAUUGACGAUGGACCCAACGGACACAUAGAGUACAGCAUUCUUUACAACCCCAAUGACCCGGCGUCUAACGGGACCGUGAGUGUUGCGAAUACUCUUUCUGGACACAUCAUUUUGGCUGAGAGGCUGAACUAUGAGGAGAGAACACGCUACCUGGUGUUGGUGCAAGCAAACGACCGUGCUCCGUACCCUCCAAACCGACGCACCGCGACUACGACCCUGACUCUCGACGUUCUGGAUGGAGACGACCUGGGUCCCAUGUUUCUGCCUUGCGUCCUUGUGAACAACACCCAUGACUGCAACCCCCUCACCUACCGCGUUGCUAUUCCUGAGUUCACUGAGCCGAGUAAAUUGAACCCACUAAACGUGACGCCGCCGAUCCGGGCCGUGGACAUGGACAGAAACAUCCAGCCGCCAUCGGACAGGCCGAAUAUUCUUUACUUCAUCCUGGUUGGACACCCGGUCACCUACCCGCAGUACUUCUCACUCAACAAAACCACUGCAGAGCUGCGGGUCCUGCAGCCCAUCAGCAGGGACUUGUAUCAAAAGUUCACCCUCAUCAUAAAGGCGGAGCAAGAUAACGGUCAUCCGCUGCCCGCAUUCGCUGACCUCAUUAUUGAGAUCCUGGACGAAAACAACCAGGCGCCAUAUUUCCAAUUUGCUACCUACCAGGGCUACGUGAGCGAGUCUUCUCCGGUCGGUACCACAAUAUCUGCCGACGCUAAUCUCACCACUCCCCUGGGGAUUGCCGCUCUGGACAACGAUAUUGAGGAGACAAAAGAUCCCAUGGUGAAGAUAACCAUGAAUGACUUCACUGUCAUCUUUGGCCUGACCCAGACUGGGAUCAUCCGCUACCUGAGGCUGCUGAAGCCAGUGGACCGCGAGACGAAGAUGACCUAUGCUUUCACGAUGGUGGCCUCAGAUGGUGUCCAGCAAAGCGCCCCAGUGACCGUCAACAUCCUUGUCAUUGACGCCAACGACAACACCCCCACAUUCGCUGAGGUUUCCUACAGCGUUGAAGUCUUCACCGACAUGCAACCAGGGGAGACGGUGCUGCAGUUAACUGCCGCAGAUGCUGAUGAGGGACUGAAUGGACUUGUGACCUAUGAGAUUCUGGCUGGAGCCCAGGGCGACUUCAUCAUCAGUAAUCGCACAGGACGCAUCACAGUGGCACCUGGUGUCACCUUAACUGUGGGACGCUCGUAUGCACUGACUGUCAAAGCAUCUGACAAUGCGCCAGAAACACAGAGAAGGAGCUCCAUCACUACAGUUUAUAUUGAAGUUUUGCCUCCAAACAACCAGAGCCCCCCACGGUUCCCCCUCUUCACCUACAGCCUUGAAGUUAGUGAAGCCAUGAGGAUUGGAGCCAUUUUGCUCAAUCUGCAGGCCACUGACAGAGAAAAUGAUCCAAUUACGUACCAGAUUGUGAGAGGAGACUCUCAGAAUGUCUUCAACCUCUCUGAAACGAUUGGCCUUCUACUUCUUGGAAAACCUCUGGACAGGGAGACGACCGACCGCUACCAGCUGACUGUCACAGCAUCGGAUGGCAACCCAGGCGGAACAUCAACGACUACCGUCAACAUUGUCGUGACUGAUGUGAACGACAACGACCCGGAGUUUGACGCCACCUUCCCUACUAAUUUCACUGUGCAAGAAGAGGAGAAGGAUCUCUUUGUCGGGCAAGUCCAGGCCACAGAUCCAGAUGCUGGGGCUAAUGGGCAGGUGCGCUACCGGAUCGUGAAUCACCCGGACUUGUUCAUAAUCCGCACUAACGGCAGCAUCUACACCAGAGUCCCUCUGGACAGGGAGCUCAGGAGCAAGUAUGAGCUGGUGGUGGAAGCGUCAGAUGGAGCGGUGGACCCACGCCGGACCACCUUGACCCUGUCGGUAGAGGUCAAGGAUAUUGAUGACAACAGCCCUGUAUUCUCACAGCAGACGUACGUGGUGAACGUACCUGAGAACACCCCUGUGGGCACCGUGGUGCUGAAGCUCAGCGCAGUGGACGCCGACCUCUUCUCCAAUGUCACAUAUCGAAUAAAGACUGAGUCUGCCAGACAGUUGUUUUCUCUCCAUCCCCUCACGGGAGAGUUGGCUGUGCUGCAGACGCUGGACUUCGAGGGCCUGGCUACGAUGGGCAUGGGAGCUUCAUACACUUUCCAGGUGGAAGCCAUCGACCAAGGAGGGGUCAUGCCCCCUGGGCAGGCAACUGUCACGGUCCGCAUCACGGACAUGAAUGACUUUUCGCCAGUCUUCAGGCAAGCGCUGUACAAAGGCAUGGUGGCACCCAAUGCAGAAAAAGGAACCGUCAUCACAACCGUUUUUGCCGAGGACCAAGACCCAGCGGGCACGCCGGCUAGUUUUGUCCGCUACAGAGUGGACCAGGACAAGUCACCGUACAGUGGCAGCAUCUUUGACGUGGAGGAAGAAAGUGGAAGAGUCAUCACCAAAGUCAACCUUAAUGAGGAGCCCAGCGUCACCUUCAAGCUGUUCGUGAUCGCGUUUGAUGACGGCGAGCCGGUGAAGACAAACAGCACUUUAGUGGAGAUCACUGUCCUCCAGCCUUCCCGCAUCCCAAUAUUCACUCAGGAGGAGUACAGGUUUUCUUCAAUUAGCGAGUUGGCUCCGCUCGGGACUCCAGUCGGGACGGUUCUCGCCGCCGCUAUCAACCAGACAAUCUUUUAUUCAAUCGUGGGAGGAAAUGAUUUGGGUCACUUUCAAAUAAACAACAAAACUGGAGUCAUAUCCACUGCAAAACCACUGGACUAUGAAAACGUGACCAGCUACGUCCUCAGAGUCCAGGCCGACUCGAUGAUCGUGGUCAUGUCAAACCUGCGUGUGCCUUCCAAAACUAACACAGCUAAGGUGUACAUUGAGGUGCACGAUGAGAACGACCACCCGCCUGUAUUCACCAGGAAGCUGUACAUCGGCGGAGUGACGGAGGACGCUAAGAUCUUCAGCUCUGUACUCAAGAUAGUGGCCACUGACAAAGACACUGGGAACUAUAGUGCUAUGGCAUAUCGCCUUAUCAUCCCACCGACAGCAGAAGGCCAGGACAGCUUUGUCAUCGAAACUUACACCGGCAUCAUCAAGUCAGCAAUGAUGUUCCGGAACAUGCGCAGGUCCUACUUCAAGUUUGAAGUAAUUGCGACAGAUGACUACGGAAAAGGUCUUAGCAGCAGCGCAGAGGUUGUUGUUUCUGUGGUCAACGCUCUGGAUAUGCAGGUUGUCGUGUCAACGGUUCCCCCGACUUUAGUGGAGGAGAAAAAGGAGGAGCUUAUACGCAUUCUUGAGCGGCAUGUUCAGGACCAGAUUCCAGGUGCCAAGGUAAUUGUGGAAGCCAUCGGACCGCGUCGUCAUGGAGACGGAUUUGAGCUGGAAGACUACAGUAAAUCAGACCUGAUGGUGUACGCCAUUGACCCGCUCACAAACAGGGCCAUUUCUCGUCAGGAGCUCUUCAAAUUCCUGGAUGGAAAUGUCCUUGAAAUCAACAAAGAGUUCCAGCCUCACCUGGGCGAGGGCGGCCGGAUCCUGGAGAUCCGCUCACCUGACAUCGUGGCCAGCGUGAAGAAGGCCGCCCAGGCGGUGGGCUACACCGAGGGGGCUCUCCUGGCUCUGGCCAUCAUCAUCAUCCUCUGCUGCAUCCCAGCCAUCCUCAUCGUCAUGGUCACCUACAAACAAUUCAAAGAACGGCAAGCCGAGUGUGCCAAAACUGCCAGAAUUCAGAUGGCGUUGCCACCAGGGGGGAAGGCGGCUCCUGCCAGCACAGCUGGUGCGAACCUUUACGAAGAGCUCGGCGACAGCAGCAUGAGGCGAGCGUACGGCAGACAGCAACUGCUGAGGCCUUCUCUCCUGAGACCCGAGGAGCUCAAUGUGGAGUCAGGUCCAGACCAAGGACAGGACUACUACACACAGGACUACUAUAAUUAUGACCAAGGGUACGGCAGUCGCCGGAGGUUGAUAUCUCCGAUGUAUGAUGAAUAUGGAGAAGUGAUCUUGGAGGAUGAAUAUUUCUACGGCCCCGAGCCUGGGAGGAAGAAGCGGGUCCGGCUGGUUGUGGACGGUGACACUGAGACCCCCUCUACUGGCGAGGAGUCCACCACCGAACCUCAGAGGAACCGACUUCCCAACAGCCACAGCAACAUCAACGGGAACGUUUAUCUCUCCCAGAACGGCACUAUUGUCCGAACCCGGCGAACCCCACACCCCAACAACCUAAAGAUGGGCUCCCCCUGCCGGCUGAAUAAGCAUUUUAAAAAACUAGACAUUCUUGGAGUGACGCAUGAGGAGGCCACACCGAUUCACAGCGGCGACGAAACAGACAAAAACCCUGAAAAUGGGACGGGGACUUGCAUACCCCCUAAUGUGGACAUCAAUCUCAACACUCGGUCCUCUUGUGGUUCACUCCACUCCAGCAUCACCAGCUCUGGGUCCAAAACGAGUAUUCCCAAGGCUUUGAUUGACAGGAACAGCAGCGGCCUCUGCGUCAACCAGGAGAUUUCAGUUGACAGCCGCAAGGACAGCAGGGAGACGCUGGCAUCCCACAGCGAUCACACUAUAUCAGACGAAGAGGAGUUAUGGAUGGGACCCUGGAAUAAUCUCCACAUACCAAUGACAAAACUCUGAUGGGCCAUGAGGCAAGUUUUCUAUUUUGUUACGUCCUGUUGUUUUUGUUUUUCAAAAGCUGCGUGCCUCCGACUUGCAAGUCCUGAUCAGCUUUCAAAAGUCUAUAUCUGUGAAUUCGAUCGCACACUUGCUGAACUUCAAUACCGACAGCUUCCCUGUCGGUGCUCUCAAAUAUAGCUGCUUGUGGACCAUGUCAAAUAUCAUGAUUUACUUUUUAUAUUCCAGUGGGGUCUGUAUAAGCUAUGUCAAAUACAAAUUGCAGUUAGUAAAAUGAGAGACAUGGAGGUGCAGUUGGGUCUUUCGUCACCGCGUAAACACGCGUUGAAGGCUCGCAGAUCAUUUUCACCAACUCACUCUGUUUUUUGACCAUUUUAUGGUACCAUUUUAUUCUCAAGGCCUUGUUUUCUCUUAACCAAGUGCUCUGGUUUAUGUUUCUGAAACAGCUGUGACCCGUCCUUGAAAUCUUAAACAGACAGUUGAAACCUGCUUUGAGUUUAAUUUUGAAUACAAUUUUUUCAUUCGUUAUUUGAGGAGCCAAUUUGUCCAUACGCAGUUUGUUCAUGAUGAACAUGAAUGAUGUUUUAAUUAACCAGUUUCAAGGUUGUAAUCCUACCAACAAACCUGUUUUCCCAUUAAAACGACUGGUUUUAUUACAAAUCUACUGUGAGUUUAUGUCUUUUAAUAAAUAUACUGGAUUAAAAAGUGACUUUGGCGAACCAUAAUCAGGUGAACCAGAUUAUUCUUGUGAUAUUAUCUUUAGUUUAAAUCACACUCUUAUCUUGUGCUUAACUUCCAUGUAUUAUUUUCUCGAUAUUUGAUUCUCUCAGGCGCAGGUGGAGAUUAUAAAGUCUAUGAUGAUGAAGAAGAGAUAUUUUGAUAACUAUUGCAGAAAUGAUUGUCACUGAAGAAUUCAUGUUCAGAUUAUUCCAGAGGGUGCUGUAAAAAGGAACAAAUCAUAGGAUGAUAUUUUUGUCUAUUUUGU